AGUUCAAAGUCUUCACGUUUCUUUUAGUUUUAUGUUUCUCCAAAUUUUGCAUUGCUCACAUGCUACCACCAUUACUAUAUUGUAAAUAGAUACAUACAUGGUAUAUAUAUAUAUAUGUACAACUUAUAUAUAUAUAUGAGUAAUAUAUAGUACCAACCAUUAGAUAAAUUUUGAAAUAAUAACAUGUUUGUGAAAGCUGCAACAGCUUCGGUAGUUAUGAAUGUGUUACCAUGUUUUGGGCUAAGAACAUGUUGUCACAAAAGACGGUUUUCGCGGGUCGUUAAGUGUGUCGGGACAGCGCCCGAUUCGAUCAAGGUUAAUGGGGUUACAUAUGAUAACAAACUUGGGUCAUUGAAUGAUGUUGGAAAGAAUAAUAAAGAGUUAAUUGGUAGUAAUGUUAUUGAAGAUGAGAAAAGUAGUAGUGUGUUGAAAAAUGAAGAAAAGUUGGAGCCUUUAUGGGAUGAUGGAUAUGGGACUCAAAGUGUGAAAGAUUAUUUGGAUUUAGCUAAAGAGAUUAUUAAACCUGACGGUGGACCGCCUAGGUGGUUUUGCCCUGUCGUUUCGGAUGGGAAUGAUACCCCGUUGCCUGAUUCGCCUGUUCUUUUGUUUUUGCCUGGCAUGGAUGGUCUUGGCUUGGGCCUCAUUUUGCACCAAAAGGCUCUAAGAAAGGUUUUUGAAGUUAGAUGCUUGCACAUCCCCGUUUAUGAUCGAACACCAUUUGAAGAUAUAGUGACAUUUGUGGGGGAAACCUUGAGGUAUGAGCAUGCUUUAUUUCCGAGUAGGCCAAUAUAUCUUGUUGGAGAUUCUUUUGGAGGUUGUUUAGCUCUUGCAGUUGCUGCACAUAACCCAACAAUCGAUCUAGUAGUUAUACUGUCAAAUCCAGCAACUUCAUUUGACCGGACUCAGCUGCAGCCUGUACUUCCCGUCUUGGAGCUCAUCCCUGAAUCACUUACCGUGACAAUCCCUUAUCUUCUUAGCACUGUAAUGGGUGAUCCUAUAAAGAUGGCAACGGUCAAUGCUGAAAGCUCGCGCUUUCCAGAUCUUGAGAAGCUAUCUAACAAUCUCACUUCUUUGCUUCCUCGCCUUCAGGGACUGUCUGAUAUUAUUCCAAAACCAACACUUAGUUGGAAGCUAAAGUUACUUAAAUCUGCUGCUGCAUAUGCUAAUUCACGUCUCCAUGCUGUUAAAGCUGAAGUGCUAGUGCUUGCAAGUGGCAAGGAUAACAUGCUUCCAAGUAGAGAUGAGGCUGAAAGGCUUUCAAAAGAGUUACGGAACUGCAAAAUAUGCUACUACAAAGACAAUGGCCACACCCUUUUGCUGGAAGAUGGUAUUAAUUUGUUGACUGUAAUUAAAGGAAAAUUGAAGUAUAGACGGUCAUGGAAACAUGAUUUUGUAAAGGACUACCUGCCUCCUAGCAUGUCGGAGUACAGAAGUGCCCUUGAAGGACACGGGUGGUUCCAGUUUGCUACCAGUCCAGUGAUGUUUUCAACUUUAGAAGAUGGAAGAAUAGUGAGAGGCCUUUCUGGGGUUCCAGAUGAUGGUCCUGUACUAUUAGUUGGUUAUCACAAUCUUUUGGGACUAGAACUUGCUCCACUUAUAUUAGGAUUUUUAAGAGAGAAAAAUGUCAUAGUUCGUGGCAUAGCACACCCCGAACUAUUUACAAAUAGUUCUACAAACAACGAAUUCUCAUAUUUCGAUAUGAUGAAAGUAUUUGGUGCCUUGCCUGUCACCCCGAGCAACCUCUUCAAGUUGUUUUCAUCAAAAUCUUUCUCACUGCUUUAUCCUGGCGGUGCACGUGAGGCUCUUCAUCGUAAGGGUGAAGAAUACAAGCUGUUUUGGCCUGAUCAACCUGAAUUUGUUAGAAUGGCAGCUAAGUUUGGUGCUACUAUCGUACCAUUUGGAGCUGUUGGAGAAGAUGAUUUGGCCGAGUUGGUUCUUGACUAUGACGACGUAAUGAAAAUCCCUGUGCUAAACGACUACAUAAGGAAGCAAAAUGAAGAGGGUAUUAGAUUAAGGACUGAAAUGGAAGGAGAAGUUGCCAACCAGGAUUUUUACUUACCGGGCCUUCUGCCAAAGUUACCAGGCCGAUUCUAUUAUAAAUUUGGGAAGCCAAUAAGAACAGAAGGACGGGAAAAACUGUUGAAAGAUAGAGAAAACGCGAGAGAGGUAUACUUGGAAAUUAAGUCUGAGGUUGAAAAUAGUUUGGCUUAUUUAAUAAAGAAGCGAGAGGAGGAUCCUUAUCGAGGAGUUGUUAAUAGGAUCUUGAACCAGCCUUUUUCGACCCCAGUGAACCAAGUUCCAUCAUUUGAACCUUGAGUAUGUACAUUUCGAUCAAAUAGUUACGGAACAGCAAUGAUCACAUAUUGCUGAUUAUUUAGUGAUUUAAGCUCAUGUAAAUCUUAUAUAUACACAAGUUGAUGAAAAUAUGACUAAUGAGAUUAUGAGAAUGUAUUCUUGAAAAA